CGAAGUGGAGAGACCCCAGUGCGGCCAUGGAGAGCUCGGACAGCUCAGGCCUGGACUGGUGUGAGAGUAAGCAGAACCUGUACGAGAUCGGACCCACAGACUUGCUGGAGCGCAAGGGCUCCCUGAGCCUCCGCUCCCAUCACCAGAAGUACUCCAAGGGGGUGCUGGUGUCUUCCUGGCAUCAUAACAGAGAAGCUUUUCCCAAAGAUUAUGAUAUAGAGGGUCCUGAGAAAGUGAAAAAACUUCUUAAUUCAACGUACUGCCGACUCGGAACUGAUGAACCUCCAAUUUGGAUAUCAGAAGCACAUGAACAGAUGUCACAAAUUUUUUUAAAAAGAGAAUUGGCUGAAAUAAAGAGCAAGGCCUUAUUAAAUGAGGAAACACUGUGUUCUGGGAUUAUUGCAAGGGACACUGGAUUACCUGCCACAGGCUUUGGAGCUGUCUUUACCAGACAUCCACCAGAUCAGGGCAAGAUGUCUGAUUUGACAACAUACUCGGAAGAUUAUGUUCCACACUAUGAUUAUCAGCCAUGUGAUCAUGCCUGUCAAGAUGAUUACUCAAUAGUCCACAGAAAGUGCCGUUCUCAGUUCACAGAUCUAGAUGGUUCCAGAAGAUUUGGCAUAAACACUUGGCAUGAUGAGAGUGGCAUUUAUGCUAAUUCAGAUGUGAAACAAAAACUCUACUCAUUGACCAGUGGUCCAAUUGUCCCCCACUUAAAGUAAAAUAAGAGUCAGAUUCUCUAAUGCAAGAAUAAUGGAUGCUAAUAUUUCCUGUACUAAUAAAUGCACUGAACGUAGAUUCCUUUAAACACAGAAUGUUGUGCUAGGACAGUAUUUAUAUUUUGAUUUUCAUAAACUACUCUGGUGUUUUCUAAAAUUGUUACUUAGCAGUCAACCCCACGAUUGCUUGGCAUAUGGCCAAUUUUAAAAAGUGAGGCAAUUUAAGUUCUAUAUAAAGAAAAAUUUUCCUUUAAAAAAUAUCUGACACAUAGUGAUUGUACUUAUUUAUGUUAUACCAUAUGAUGUUUCAAUAUGAGAGAAAAGGUAGGGGAGAGAGAGAGAGAGAGAGAAAAUGAAUAGAGAGGGAAAGGGAGAAGUCAUGA